AUGCCCGGAAUCCUGCCGAUGAAGGUCAUCAAGGUGGGCACGAGCUCGCAGAGUCGCAUUGCUCAGGCCUGUGACCGCUGCCGCAGCAAGAAGAUCCGCUGCGACGGCAUCCGGCCGUGCUGCUCGCAAUGUGCCAAUGUCGGGUUCGAAUGCCGCACCAGCGACAAGCUCAGCCGCCGCGCCUUCCCGCGCGGCUACACCGAGUCGCUCGAGGAGCGCGUGCGCGUGCUCGAGGGCGAGGUCCGCGAGCUCAAGGACCUGCUCGACGAGAAGGACGAGAAGAUCGAGAUGCUGUCCAAGAUGCACAGCAACCGCCGCUCGCCGUCCCAGCCCGCCCACAGCUCGCCGACGGCCGCUGACAAGGCUAAGGACGCCGCCUCGUCGCCCAAGGAGGACACGUUCCGCAUCCAGGCCUCGCCGUUAUUACUCGGCGUCGAGAACUCGGACUCGUACUUUAUGGGCGCUUCCAGCGGCCGGUCUUUUAUUGAGGCCUUCAAGCGCAAGAUCCAGGAGAACGGCAAGUCGUGCCCCGAGUUCAACCCCGAAGCUUUCUUGCACAUCCAGGGGUGCUAUCCUCUCACGCCAAAGCCGCCGUCUCAGACCCUAAGGUUACCGCCGCGGUUGUUCUCGGACAGAUGUGUCAAUGUCUAUUUCCAAGAAUGGGCGCCUCUCUUCCCCGUGCUCCACAAGCCUACUUUCCUCCGCACUUAUGAGGAGUUUGUCGCCGACCCCGAGAAGAUCAAGAACAACCACAAGCUAGCGCAGCUGCAUCUGGUCUUCAGCAUCGCCGCCCUGUCGAGUGAGCACCCCGAUCUCCAGCAAAUUGCGGCUUGCGAGCUGCAAUGGCAACGGGCUUUGGAAGCGGUCCUCAUGGACAACACCAUGAUUACUCUGCAGUGCUUGCUGCUUGCCUUGAUGUACUGCACCAUCAGGGCCGACUAUAAGCGUCUACAGCACUACAAGGGAAUCGCUGUUGGCCUCUCCCACCGGCUAGGGCUCCACCAGAGCCAGAAGCGCUUCUCAUUCGGAGUUCUCACCAUUGAAACGCGGAAGAAAGUGUUCUGGACUCUCUACAUGUUGGACUGCUUUUCUGCCGCAAUGCUGGGCCUUCCCAAGCUGCUCAAAGAUGAAGAUGUCCACACAGAAUUCCCGUCGGAUACUGAUGACGAGUAUGUGACGGAGAAGGGCUUCCAGCCAUGCCUCCCAGGCGAACAUACGCGGCUUUCAAGCGCGCUGGCGCUGUUCCGGGGAUCCCGGAUUCUGGGCAAAGUCCUCGAGAAGAUCUACCCCUCUGCGACGUCCCAUGAACUCUCCCUGCAGACAAUGUCGAGCCUUCAGUCUGAACUCGACGAGUGGUCUGAAAAGCUGCCGCAACACCUGAAACUUACUUUCAAGCAGGACAAGCCGUCCACCGAUGUGACUGGCAGCAGGUCUCCUCUUUUGGCUCUGGCGUACUACUAUAUUCGCAUUCUCAUCGACCGGCCUGCUGUGACAUCCAGUCUGGGACAGAAGGCGGCUCCAGCUUUGAUCUCGGUUAGCGAAUCAAGCAAGCACUUGAUACAGAUUAUCCAGCUGCUCGAGGAGAGGAGCAUGUCUUUCUCUUUCUGCCUGAACAAGACCGACACUCUAACGCUCUGUGGCAUGGCCCUGCUCUACCAGACCCUGGACCUGAAGAAGGACAGCAAGAUGUUAAAGGACAACGAGAAGCUAACAAAUGCCGUUAUCAAGAUCCUGGACAAGGCAAAGGCGCCGGGGUCUUACGACAUGAAGCGAGUCGCAGGGAUGCUCGUUGCUGUCGACGAGCCACCCCCGCAGUCGCUGCCAACUCCACCAAGACAGAGCCCAGAUACCUGCAUGGCCGCCCCACCAACCCACCAACCCUCGCCCCCCGCCCCAGCAAACGGUCACAAGAUGAUGCAGUCCGCUCUUGGCCGCCACGCCAGCGCUAGCAUGAGCGAAACGGACCUCCUUUUGCAACAAGAAAAGCUCCGCAGGAUGGCCAUGCCUCAUGGGCAUCCUCAGCAGAACGGGCCCGAGCACUACCGGGCCCGCGCCCGGCUGUCUUUUGACGGUCAACGUCCGGACGGGUCCGUCGGGCGGCGUGACCACCGGAUAUCCCUCAGUCAGGCGCAGGCUGCGCAGGCCGCCAUGAUUGCGCGGGUAUCGCCGUCUACACCAAACGCGGUAGCAGCGGUGAAGCAGAAUCUAGACUAUCUGCAGCUAGGCUCGGCUCACUCUUCCGCCCAAUCUCAACCGUCUUCGCCAAUCCACGCACGGGGGCAACAACAACAUCAGCAAAACCACGGCACGUCAUCUCAGGCCCAGACGCAGCUCUACUCGCACCUGCAAAAGGGGUCCGGCGCCUCUACGGCCGACUGGGAGGCUCUGCUGGGAUCACUGGAGGGCGGCCCCCUCAACGUGUACGACGCUAUCUACGGCGGGCCGGGAAUGAGCCUUCUUAACACGUCGCCAACUAACACAAGCGCAUCAUCGAAUGCAGCGACCGGGGCCGGCUGGUCCCCGGACUCUUGGGAUCUAUCCGGGUUCAACCUCGGAGAUUUUGGCGGCCCGGGCUCCGCGGCCACCGGCACCACCCACAGCGUGCUCAGCUGCCUGAGCGAGGUCGACAGCCUCAGCUCCGGCGACGACCUCGCGUCCAGCGAGAUGGGUCUGAGCGUGGGGAGUCUAGAGUUUCACAACCACCACUCCCACAAUCACCAGCAGAGACAGCAGCAGCAGCACCAUCGGAACUCUGUUCUACAAGGCGUCUCAGCUGACGGGGCGGGAUAUAUACUAGACGGGUUGGACGGUCUGGACGGGUUGGACGGGCUGGACGGGCUGGUUGGCGGCUAUGGGUUAACAUGA